AUGGCUCUUUCCAUUGACGACCUAGGAAAGAACGGUAUAUGCGAUGCCAUUCACCAGGCGUGGGCUAAGCGUAACAUUCUCUUCAUGUUCAUCGAUCAACGGGGGUUAUUCAAUAUCCGGGACAAAUUGCCCCCAACAGCAUCAUCUCUUGAUAGCCCUCCUGGGGAGAGAGCCAUUCUGCCUGUUAUACCUCGAGAGGUCUUUGGUGUGGCCAACAAAUUGGGGGUGCAAGGACGAUUUGUCAACAACACCCUGUACCCUGUGGGCGAGAUUGCCAAUCUGCUAAAAGUUAGGCGUCCGUUUCGGAGACGCCCAAUACGGUAG